GUGGGCACAGGUGGGUGGCACUGGUGGGCACAGAUGGGUGGGCACAGGUGGGUGGCACUGCUGGGCACAGGUAAGUGGCACUUCUGGGCACACUUGUGUGACACUGCUGGGUGGCACAGGUGGGUGCACUGCUGGGCACAGGUGGAUGCACUGCUGGGCACAGGUGGGCGGAACUUGCGGGUGGCACUGCUGGGCACUGAUCAUCAGGGCAUUGAUCAUCAGUGCCCUGAUGAUCGGUGCCGAUCCCUGCUCUGACAACUGCCGGUUCUCGGCAGUACUUUCCUCACAAUCUGACAGCGUGAGGAAAGUGCAGCCGAGAACUGGCAAUUGCAU